AUGGUCUCUUACUAUGCCUUCCUUUGCGUGAUUGCAGCAUCACUCUCAGCACUGUCCCUCGGGCUGGAUGUUGGUAUGAUCUCUAGCACUCUCGUACAGCCGCGUUUUCUCGCAUACUUUAAGAAUCCAUCGUCUUCUCAAACCGGUGGGAUUGUCGCGGCCUUCAGUGCGGGCGCUACCUUUGGCGCAUUUGGCUGUUCCUACAUAGGAGAUCCCAUCGGCAGAGUCUGGGCUUUGCGAAUAGGUGCUGCCAUUGCUGUCGUUGGAUGCGCGCUUCAGGCUGGAUCUGUUCACAUUGCGAUGCUCAUAGUCGGUCGCCUAAUCAACGGUUUCGGAGCAGGCCAGCUUACUGCUGUCUUUCCGAUCUAUGCCUCAGAAGUCGCUCCCCCCAAGGUCCGAGGUGCCUUCGGUGGUUUUCAAAUGCUCAUGAUAGAGGCCGCCAUUUUUGUGGCUACUGCGACUGGAUAUGCAUUCGGGAUCUACUACGAUGAUGAUCUUCAAUGGCGUGGGCCACUUGCUGUUCAAGCUAUCCCUCUUGUGCUCCUUAUCCCAGUUACCUUCUUUUUACCCGAAACUCCCCGCUGGUUGAUCUCGAAGGGAAAGGAGGAUCAAGCUAUGAAAGUCCUCUGCCGCUUACACCCAUCACCAGACGGAAACACCUUUGCACACAUGGAAUUUGAAGAGAUUAAGUCUCACAUUCUAGCAGAGAAAGCGAGCUUCAAACCAAGUUGGAAAGAAAUUGCAUCUAAAUCCUCAUGGCGCCGUCGCGUUCUUCUGGUCUCAGCCUUGCAGUUUUUUGCACAAGCAACUGGAGUCAAUUGCGUACAGUACUAUGCCGCGUCUAUCUAUACUCAGCUUGGGUUCGAUCACAGUGAGUCACUUUUGAUCAACUUGCUUUACGGAGCAUUUGGUCUCAUUUUCGCAAUCGGAUGGGUUUUGGUCCUCGAUCGCUUUCCUCGAGUGAAGCUUCUCAUCUUCUCAACAUUGUUCAUGGCAUUAGCUCUGCUGGUUCAGUCCAUUCUGUCUGCCGUGUAUGCCAACAAGUCGGAUCCAAACCCAAAUGCUCUCAGAGCACAGGUUUCGAUGUUUUUCAUUUUCCAGCUAGGUUUUAUUGCGGUUGGCAUGCUGUCUUGGCUCAUUCCGCCCGAGAUGUGUCCCAUGGUCAUCAGAGCAAAGGUCAACUCUGUUUCCGUCUCCGUCAAUAACAUUGCGGGACUUGUGGUCUCCGAGAUUUCUCCUGUGGCACUUGGGGCCAUCGGUUUCAAGUUCUUCUAUGUUUAUGUCGCUUGCAAUCUUGCAGGUUGCGUAUUUUACUAUUUCUGCCUCCCUGAGACCUCAAAUAUCAGCCUCGAAGACAUGGAUGCGCGAUUUGGAGAUCAAAUUGAUAUUCAAGGAGAAUACAUUAAGGAUCAGGGGAAUCAGGCCGAUGUGACUCACGACGAGAACGCCAAAGUGUAA